GUCUCGUGAUUGCGAAGAGCAACAUCAACAUGAGGCGUUUUCUGGUACUGUUCCUCGUGGUGUGUGCCCGAGCCGCUCCCUUGGAGGAUGGGGCGGCCUCUUCCUCGACCACGGCUUCGGUCGACUUGAAGAAACCAACAGCAGAUCCUAAGAUUGGACACAGCGGAUCGGCGAACAUGGGGGCGACUACUCCAUCGCAAGACCUACCGCCUGAUGCCAACGGGAACAACGCAGUGGGAAGCUACGCUAUCAACGAACACGCUGGAAAAGGGUUCCUGCUUCCAGCUUACGGUGUAGCGAGCGCCUUCGGGGGAUACCGGGGAUUAAACGGCAACCAUGGAUUGUACUCAAAUCUUCCGCGCCUCGGAAACUUCGGGCAGUACGGGAAUCUUCUCAGAGGCUAUGGGGCUUUCGAUCUCGGAGGGGGCGGACUGCCUGUCAACAUCGGCAUCCCAGGUCCUCACUUCGGUUAG